AUGGUUGAGAAGAGAGAUGUAAGACAGCAGAAUGUACAUUUUCCAAAGAACAGGACAAUGGAGGCAAGUAAAUCCAUUCGGUGCGGAAAGUACUUCAGAAAUAGAUCACAGGUCUGGAUGCACCAAAGAAUACACAGAGGCAAGAAAUCCUUCAACUCCUUAGUGAGGGGGCAUCUUAAAAGAAGUCUGAGAACUCACGAAGGAAAGAAACCUUCCAAAUCUUUAUUGUGUAGUAACAGAUUCAGUAAGACUGGCAAUCUUCAGCAGCACCAAAGAACCCACAUGAGGGAGAAACCUUUUGAACGCUCAGAGUGUGGAGAGAGAUUCAGUCAAAGUGGCAGUCUUCAGCGUCAUCAAAGAACCCACACAGGGGAGAAACCUUUUGAAUGCUCGGAGUAUGGAAAGAGAUUCAGUGAGAGGAGGACUCUUGAACAGCAUCAAAGAACCCACAUGAGGGAGAAACCUUUUGAAUGCUCAGAGUGUGGAAAGAGAUUCACUCGGAGUGGCAGUCUUCAAAGUCAUCAGAGAACCCACACAGGGGAGAAACCUUUUGAAUGCUCAGAGUGUGGAAAGAGAUUCAGUGAGAGUGGCCAUCUUCAAUGUCAUCAGAGAACCCACACAGGGGAGAAACCUUUUGAAUGCUCAGAGUGUGGAAAGAGAUUCAGUCGGAGUGGCACUCUUCACCGUCAUCAGAGAACCCACACAGGGGAGAAACCUUUUGAAUGCUCAGAGUGUGGAAAGAGAUUCAGUCGGAGUAGCACUCUUCAACAGCACCAAAGAACCCACACAGGGGAGAUACCUUUUGAAUGCUCAGAGUGUGGAAAGAGAUUCAGUAAGACUGGCAAUCUUCAGCUGCACCAAAGAACACACACAGGGGAGAAACCUUUUGAAUGCUCAGAGUGCGGAAAGAGAUUUGGUCACAGUGGCAAUCUUCAGCUGCACCAAAGAACACACACAGGGGAGAGACCUUUUGAAUGCUCGGAUUGUGGAAAGAGAUUCAGUGAGAGGAGGACUCUUGAACAGCAUCAAAGAACCCACAUGAGGGAGAAACCUUUUGAAUGCUCAGAGUGUGGAAAGAGAUUCACUCGGAGUGGCAGUCUUCAAAGUCAUCAGAGAACCCACACAGGGGAGAAACCUUUUGAAUGCUCAGAGUGUGGAAAGAGAUUCAGUGAGAGUGGCCAUCUUCAACGUCAUCAGAGAACCCACACAGGGGAGAAACCUUUUGAAUGCUCAGAGUGUGGAAAGAGAUUCAGUCGGAGUGGCACUCUUCACCGUCAUCAGAGAACCCACACAGGGGAGAAACCUUUUGAAUGCUCAGAGUGUGGAAAGAGAUUCAGUCGGAGUAGCACUCUUCAACAGCACCAAAGAACCCACACAGGGGAGAUACCUUUUGAAUGCUCAGAGUGUGGAAAGAGAUUCAGUAAGACUGGCAGUCUUCAGCUGCACCGAAGAACACACACAGGGGAGAAACCUUUUGAAUGCUCAGAGUGUGGAAAGAGAUUCAGUAAGACUGGCAAUCUUCAGCUGCACCAAAGAACACACACAGGGGAGAGACCUUUUGAAUGCUCAGAGUGCGGAAAGAGAUUCAGUAAGACUGGCAAUCUUCAACAGCACCAAAGAAUCCACACAGGGGAGAAACCUUUUGAAUGCUCAGAGUGUGGAAAGAGCUUCAGUUGGAGUGGCACUCUUCACCGUCAUCAGAGAACCCACACAGGGGAGACACCUUUUGAAUGCUCAGAGUGCGGAAAGAGAUUCAGUGAGAGAAGUACUCUUCAAAAACAUCAUAGAACCCACACAGGGGAGAAACCUUUUGAAUGCUCAGAGUGUGGAAAGAGAUUCGGUUACAGCAGCAGUCUUCAGCUGCACCAAAGAACCCACACAGGGGAGAAACCUUUUGAAUGUUCAGAGUGUGGAAAGAGAUUCAGUACAAACGGCCUACUUCAACGACACCGAAGAACCCACAGAGGGGAGAAACCUUUUUAA